CCGACAUAUGCGCUGCAGCUGUAAUGUAUGGUUUUGCGUGGACGUUAUUGUAUUCUUGAUUUUAUCCCUAAUUAUUUGAUACAGAAUCGCUAAAAAUAUGGUGUAAUUAUCUGCUAAAACUAUCAUAUUGUUAUUGCCACUUGUCUUUCAUAUUUCUGGUGAUUGUAUAACAGUCACGUGAGAUAAUUGGAUGGAAUGGAUGAUGUACCAUGCUGUUAUUGUGCCUAUGAAGUACCCUUCCGAGGAGUAUCCUCAGAGAAUCCAACUGGUCAUUUGCUAACAGCUAUUAGGAAUUCUGGAGAAAAACAAUUAUUUGGUAAACCACUGGAUACAGUAUAUCGAUAUGGAUGUUUUGAAGUUUCACACAAUAAGUUAGCCUUAUAUGGCAUUUUGGGUCUAUCAAAUUGGGAAAUCCUAUUUGUGCCAUGUUUAAAUCUUAGUCAAGUAAAUAACGAGGAGAUAAAUUCUAUCCGUCAAUUGUUAUCACGAACUCUUACUCGUACAGAGCCCUAUUUCUAUCGAUCAUGGGCAUCUGAUCGACCUGGAUGUAUAGGUUUAGGCAAAAUUGACUGUUUACUUCUUCAAGAUAAACAUGAUCGUAUGUAUAAAUUUGAUCCAAUUAUAAAUUCAUGGAUACGUACAAUGGAUGGAUUAAAGUUGAAUUUUACAAAACGUUGGUUAUUUGAAAGUAAACAACUCCCUCAUUUACCAACACGUAUAUUAGUGUUAACAACAGAUUUUGAAGUUUACUCCUUUCAAAUAUACUAUACUACACGAUCAUCUACAAUAUCUUUAUUAACAUCGUAUGAAUUACAUACAUUACAAAAGAAUAUGAAACAGAAUGUUAGAUUAUUUAUUAAUUUACUCACAUCAAGAAUCUCAUAUAUUCGUCGAUCAUCAGGUUUCUCAUUAACUGAUGAAUAUGCUAAUCGAGAUCUGCAAACAAUAUCAAUUGUUGAUCAACAAUCAAGAAAUCUCGAUUCUCUCUAUGAAUUUAUACAUGGAUCUGUAAAUAUUUUUCAAAAUUUGAUUCCUAUCCAUGAAAAUAUUAAAAAUGAUAAACAUAUUUUCCCGAAUAAUUUCACCCCAGUUAAUCCAUUGACAAGACUGAAAGCAAAAUGGUAUCAUCGUUUAAAAGGAGAUUAUGAGUUAAUCGAUAAUACUGACUUCGCCUAUUGUCGUACACUACCCUUAGAGAUACCUACACUUGCAUUUAAAACUUCUGUAAUUAUAUUCCGCGAUUACUUUGAAGGACAUCGAUUUCCAGUUUUAUCAUUUUACUAUUCACAUGAUAAUAAUGCUGAAUCUCAUAUCAAUUCUACUUCAUCACCUUUGUCUUAUUCAUCAUUGUCAUCAUCCAGUAAACAUUUCGGAGUAUGGAUACUUAGAUCUGGUAAUCUACUAACCGAUAUGAAUGUUAACCAAUUAAUACACUGUAAUUAUACAUCAAUUAAUAAUUCACAUGACCAUCAGCAUAAAUUAUUUAUAAAACACAUAAAAUUAUCAUAUGCUGGUAAUUUCAGUGAAUUAAAACAAAUAACAAAAAGUUCAAAGUUCAAUGAACAAAAGUCUCAACUAUAUUCUCGUGAACUGUAUACACCUUUAUUAUUGAAUGAUGAAUGUUCAUAUUCAUCUAAUUAUGUUGAUAAUUCAAAUGAAUUAUUAUCUAACCAAUAUGAUCAUGAAGAUAAUGAUGAGUGUAUUAUUUCAUCCUUUGAAGAAAAUGUUUCUAUUCCAUCUUCAUUGAUACAACAACAACAAGUUGACUGGUGUAUACCGAAACGAAGUCAUAUUCAACAAUCUUGGUUACAAUUGAAAAAUCUUAUUCAUUUAUCACAAAUUCAUACACCAGAUGUUGAAAUAUUAAGUGAAUUUUCUAACAAUAAUAAUAAUAAUGCUGCGGGUAACAGUUCGCCAGUAACGCUUGACCAUCAUUUAUCGAAUAGUAGUAAUAAUAAUAAUAACAGUAGUAAUAAUAGUACUGUCUAUAUGAAUUGGGAUACACUGUCUACAGAUUCAUUAGGCAGUGAACAAGAACAGAAGAUAAGUGAUAAUAUUAUCUUUCGACGAAAACUAAAAGGAUCUGAUCAGUAUUCAUCAGUAGAUAAACGUUAUUCAACAAGAUCAGAGAUUCAUAAAUCUGGAUUUUUUUAUUCUAACUCAUCAAAUAAUAAUAGUAUUGGUAGUAAUAUUAGUAAAUCAUUCGGUAGAAGUUAUUCACGUUUUAAUUUAUUAAAUAAAAUGAAAUUGGAUAAUAUGGCAUUCCAGUGUAGUCCGCAUCGUUCAGAUUGGUCUAGUAAUUUACUGUCUACAAAUUGGUUAGAUUUAUUGUCAUUUACAUUGAAACAAGCAACUGAAUUAACUAGUCUUAUUCAUCAGUAUUCUAUCAAACCAGUGGAUGGAUAUAAUGGAACAAUUAUAUUGUUAAGUGGACCAGAUAGUGGUCGUAAUUGGCAACCGAUUUUAAUGAGUCUUAUACAGAUAAUGUUAUCCUCAGAGAAUAGAACCAUGCAUGGUUUUGAAGAUUUAAUUGAACAAGAAUGGAUUCGUUAUGGUUAUCCAUUUGUACCUGAUCCAACUGAUUGGUAUGAUAAUUCAAUUACCCCUGAUUAUGAUAAUGGUGUAUGCUUUGCUUUAUUCCUUGAUUGUGUUCAUCAAUUGCUUAUUCAAUUUCCUACAGAAUUUGCAUUUACACAAGUAAGUUAAGUUAUUCACUCAUAAUGUAUAUGAUUAAAAAAGUGCUUAAUUAUAUCUUGUAGAAAUGUUGUUCAUUUAGUUUAAGCAUUCAACUUCCAAUGGAUUCUUGGUCCGAACCUUACUGUACAUAAUUUCAUCAUCACAGCAACUGGAUAUUACAAAAGAUUCAAUAAUUCAGUUUACUUUUUACUUAAUAUAAACCGCCUGCUUGUUGUUAUUCAUAAAAUCAAUGGUAUCGAAAAGAUUAACUAGUAAUUAUCAUCAUGGAAUGAUAUCAGUUGGAGAACUGUUGAAAACCUGGUAGCACUGGACAGCUGUUCCAUACUACCAUGAGAUUCCUCAGUAGUAGGCACCCACGAACCGGCUAGGGACCGAACUCAGGACCUUCAAGUCUCACGGCGAACGCGUUGACCACUCAGCCAUUAUGUCGCGGUUCAGUGGUUCACAGGUUUCAGCUUCUGUGCAUUCGCGAUAUAGCGUGGUUAUCACCCAACGUCUUCAGUUGGUAUCCGAUUCCCUUCUGACUAGUUGACCUCACACAUCACAGCUUCUCAUCAAAACUUUGUGAUAACCAUCUAGGUGCGUACUGCCGAGGAGUCCCAUACCAGGGACGAAACAGCUGUCCUGUGUCCUGGGUUUCCAAAGUUUCUCCAACUGAUGUCAGUCCAUGAUGACUACUACCUCUAAAUUAAAAUCCAUACUCUCAAAAAUAUAUAAUAAUUAUCACUUAUUGGUGAACCUAUACGAUUAUCUAUUAAGCAUCGCGUGUACUGCACCUGCACAACAGCCCGCUAUCUUCUACUGUAUGACUGUGAAACAUGGCCAUUCAAGGUGGAAGAUAUAAGAAGGUUUCAGGUGUUUCACCACCACUCCCUUCCUAGUAUAGGCCAUAUGCCGUGGUGUUACCAUGUGACUAGUGCAGAAGUCAAGCAUAGAGUUUUAGGUAAGAGAGGUAAGACAGUUGAUGCGGUUGUGAACCUUCAUUGACUGAGAUGGCUGACUGGGACAUGUGUUACGUAUGCCCAGUCUCCGUCUGCCUCAUCACACAAUGUUGGCCGUAGUACAUUCGGGCUGGAGAAAGGCUGGAGGCGGCCCGACUAAAACAUGGCAUCAAUGUGUGAAGUGUUUGACUGUUGGUUUCAGUCAUGUGGGGCGAUAUAGACUAGCCGGUUUGGGUCCACAGGACAAGAGAAACCAGUGGUUGGAGACUGACUCUAGGCGAUAUGACUCAAAAUCGAAGUCUGUGGUACAGAUGCAUACACACACAUUAUCCUCAUCUUAACGACACUAUACCAAAUCUCACAAUUUUCUUUUCUUCACUGUCGUUUUACCUGAUGUACUGAUGUGACGUGUGGUAACUUGGAUAGUUACGCAGUGAUACCUGGUCCCAUGUUGAUGGAUGCUGAUAAUGAUGAUGAUAUAUAUUCAUAAAAUCUCAUGCAUUCACUUCGCUUCACGUAAUGUUGGAGAAAGUGAGAAGUCUAUCAGGAGGCGUGUGGAGGUUUAUCAAUUUAUUUUACGUUGGAAUUCAUCAUGUACAACCAUCAGUUGGAGGAACAUUUGGAAACUAGGAGAAGUGGACAGCUGUUUUGUCGUAGUAUGGGACUCUGUAGCGAUGGGCACACAUAUCCCAGCCCCCAGGGGUUGAACUCAGGACCUUCAGGUCUCGUGGUCAGCACCUAUCAUUGGGCCACUGGGUCGAAAUCCAAUCGUCGACAUUUCCUACUCCCGUCAGUCAGAAUUAUUGUUUUAAAAACACGAUGAGUUCAUUUCAUUGCUUUAUCAUGUCUCCAGUUCCAUACCAUCUGACGAAGUUCAACUAUUAGAAAUGAAGGAAACUUAGCGAACUCAAAUUGAUCAGCCCAUAACGUAUAGAGAAUGGUAGUUUGAAACGCGAAAUCUGAAUACAAAACUAUAUACGAAGUUGAUUUGUCUAGGCUUCAGGUGUAAACUCAGAUUCUAGCGCUGACUCAUCACACAGAUAUUUAGUUCAUGAAUCCAAGAGAAAUAUCUGUCUAUCCAACCCACUUUUCCACCUAUACUUCAGCGUAUGCGACAUAAAUGGAGCAUUUAAUUCUACCGGUUGUGUGUGAAUAUUAAUGAAUAACUCUGUACUUUCAAAAAUAUCUUAUUCCACCUACAACUUAAUUCAGGUGACAUUGUGUGACGAGGUGGAUGGUGACUAGGCGUGCGUAGCACAUGUCUGAGCCACCUGAGCCGAUGAAGGUUCACAACCUCACCAGUUGACUUCCUCCAUAAGACUAUCAGUGUGACCACUGCGUUACUGACUUGGUGACACUACGAUACACUGCUUACACUACCAGGACAAUGGUGGUUGAACACCUGAAGAUUUCUUGUAUCCUCUGCUUUUAAUGGCCAUGUUUCACAACCAUAAAGUAAGACAGAGUGAACGGUGCCGUGGUACACUCGACCCUUAAUACACAAUCGGAUAUCACGGCGGCACCAUAGAUGGAGUUAUUAGAAUCCGUACGCAGUCUUUGUCAGUGUCACUGAUCCAUCAGGGUUGAUUUGACUCCCAGGGUAAGUGAAGUGGUCAGCGUGCUCAACCGCUUCACUGUCUAUUGUUACACAGGACACCAUCGAAGACCACUUCUAAACCUUAACCCGUUAGAAAUUAAUUCCUGGUUCAGUGUUGAUGGAUGAUGUUAUUGCUGAUACUUUUGUAUCAAGCCAUCAUCAUAUGUUGUUGUUAUUUCAAUAUAAAUGUUCAGAAUAUUCAUUACACUCCGAAAUAGAUGUUACUUAAAAUCCAUACUGUCGUCGUGUCGAUCAAUCGUGGAUUAUGAUUUAGAUAAAAAUUGUUUAUACGAUCACUCAAUGGCUAUUUAUGUAUUUACUUUCGUGUUUUUUAUAUUUCAUAGUGUAUGCUAUCGUAUUUAUACUUUGAUGUGCCAACUACGUUGUAGAUUAAAUCAAUUUGAGUUUGUUAUGAUUUUCCAAUUCUAUAUCUGUUAUUAUUCUUAACUUUAUCGAUUGUUAAGUCUUCUCAUCUUGUUUGUAAACAUUAAGAUAUUUUUGAG